AUGAGCGCAACUGUGGGCCCGAGUACGGCCAAAAUUAAUGACCUCAUGAGCCAGGUCCAGAAGUUGGAAUUGGACCUGAGCGAGGCUAAGAGACAUGAGCAAGCACGUUCCAGGGAGGCAUGGUUGAAGAUCAAGAUGCGGACGCGAGACGCUGAUGAGAAGUGGCUCGACUACAAACGGCAAUGGGACCUUGGCAAACGCGAUGCGGACGCGAUUUACAACAAAUAUAAGGAAGAAAAGCUCCAACGCAAACGUAUUGAUGCAGACCUCAAGCUGGUGAAAAUCAAGAAGAACAACGCCAUCAAAACACAACGUAAUCUCCAGCAACAACAAGAGCUCCAGAAACAACAACAGCAAUAA